CGGAUGUGCGAGUCCCUUAUGUAAGAUGCUAUAGUGUUUACAGAUUACCUGGGCACGUCCUUCCCUGUACGAUUGACUGCCAGCCUCGUGCAGCCCAAGUGUCCUGGCGAUAGCUAUUAGAGGUUGGAGGUUAGGGAGGAGCGGCAUGGGGCGGAGCCACGCGUGUUUAACACAGACACAUCUCUGUUUCUGAGCAUUCUUGGUCCUUGAACGUCUGGCUGCAGGCCCUGCGGCUGGCGAGGGCCACUUGCACAACAGAAGGAAGUGCUGGGACACGCGGAGCGGCCGGGAGGUGCAGGGGGAGGGGUGGCGUCUCCUGUCUCUCUGGUGGCCGCCUGUCAGAGCACAGUGCUGUCCCAGGAUCCUUGCUGCAUCACCCCCAGAGGGCUGGAGAACUGAGACCCUGCACCCAGAGACACGGAACAGGCCGGGGAAGGAGGCCCAGGGUCCCCGUCACACCCCGCCUGCCGCAGAGUUGUCCGUAUGGUCGCGGUUUACAGAGCGAGGACACACAUGCACACCUCCUUCCGCGGUGGUCACACUGGGCCGUACUGGGCCAUACUGGGCCCUCGCACCGUGCCUCCUGCACAUUGUCUCAUCGAGCUCCUGUGUGGCUACAGGUAGGGUGGACAGGUGUGGGGGCUCCCCGGCCCCGCAUGUGUCAGACACCAAAACAGUCCCUGUUUCAACUUCCAAGUAAAGCACCAAGUCCAGUUCUCAGGCGGGCAGGGUGUGGACAGGCGAGGUGGUGAGGCAGCCGCCCUGCCCCAUCUCACAGCCCCCGGGAGGACCUCGGAAGCCCUAGCGCACAAGAGCUCACGCCCGGUAUUUUACAUGAUUUGGGGGUCCUUUUAGUCACUACUUGGGACCAAGAGAAAGGUCGUUCAAGACAACUGCGUAUCCCCAGUGCUGUGUUUUCUGUUGGAUCCUAAAGCACGAACUCACUUCAGGUGCAUUCCCCGGUCUCCGAGGCAUUGCUGGGACCCGCUUCUGUGCAUCCUACAAGCCCACGCUCAAUGACAGGGACUCUGCCCCAGCUUCCACCGGCUCACACAACGCUGCGCCUGCACAUCCCCACCGAGGCGGCCCCAGCACCACCCACGCCUGUGUUGGUGACAACCGGGAGAGUCAGCUGCUCCUGGGCAGCUCGUGGUGUUCCCCUGCACCUGAAGAAACCACGUAAUCACCGUGGCUGGAGGGGUGUGGCCGGAGACCCAGGGUGCCAUUCUGAGCGUAUGCACUGGGAUUUGACAAACGCAACUGGAAGCCUGCACCCUGCUGUCUCUGGCUCUCCCGUAGACCUGCACCCAGCUGCCUCGGACUGUCCUGUAGACCAGGUGUUGGCCCUGUGUCUCCCUGCCCAGCUAUGUGGCUGCUUCCGUAGGAGGCACAACCUGUCUUCCCGCCUGAGCCUGACAGCUCACUCUGUGUGCAGCAGUGUGUAGAGAUCAUGGGCGCUCCAGGUGCCAGCUGGAGGACCCCUGUCAGACCCGUGGCCCCUGCCUCUUCACCCCAGCUCUUUCUAGAGGUCCUGCGGUGUCCACGUCCUCGUUUACACGUGUGUCGGGGAUUGUAGAGAGUGUGCUGUUACGCAGCAGAGUAAGCCACCUCUUGGGACAUUGCGUCCUGUAUCAGGGUUGGUUCGAAUCCCAGCUGUUUUUUUUUUUUUUUUAAUUAUUUAUUUAUUUGAAAAGCAGAGGAGCAGAGAGAGAAAGAAAGAGGUUGUCCUCAAAAGUUCAUAGAAAAUGUACAUUAUCCUUUUUUGAAAGGCAGAGUGACAGAGGAAGAUCUUGCAUUCGCUGAUUCACUCCCCAGAUGCCUGCAACAGCGAGGGCUGGGCCAGACCAAAGCCAGGAGCCCAGAAUUCCGUCUGAUCUCCCAUGGGAGUGGCAAAACCCCAAGUACCUGGGCCCUCAGCUGCUGCCUCGCGGGCACAAGAGCAGGAAGCUGUGUUGGAAGCAGAGCAGCCAGGACUUGAGGCCACACUCCAGUACGGGAUUGGGUGUCCCAAGUGGCUGCAUACGCUGCCGCACCCCAACACCCUCAGAGCACAUCGCCUGUUCCAUGUUUUCCAGGAGCUGUUUGCAGUCCCCUCAGAUGACAAAUGAACAGAGUCCCAAUAUUUAUUGUAGUCUUUUAAAUCUCUAAGUGUGAAUCACACCAGUUGGACUGUUUUUAUUUGUUUUCCUACUUGAUAAAUGAGGGUUCAUUGGAACAGUUGCUCGAGUUGCUUAACAGGGAUGACUCUUCCCUAAUGUUGUGGAUUCUCGCCAUUGAACCACACGCUGAGCGAAGCUGCGUGAAUCACUGAGCAGAUGGGAGCUGUGACAGAAGAGCAAGCAGUGCCUGCGGCACCCAGAGGCUCUCGGCAUCCCACGCUGGGUGCUGGUCGAAGGUCAUGUGACCCCUGGCUGGGCUUGGGCAGCGCAGUCAUGGAAGUGACAGUAAAAGUUUGGCUUUGUGGCUGUGUCCAUUUCAGUCUGAGACGGUUUGGCAGCUCUUGGCUCCCAGAAGCACUUGGGAAUGGAAUGAAGAUUGCGCAGAGACAGGGGUGGGGAGUGGGGGUAGAGGUCACAAUGGCCAGGCUGGCAGAAAUUGCAAAGGGGCGCGUUCAGUGGAGGCCAGCGGACUCAGCAGUGACUCACGAACCUGACGUGGGCAGACGGUCCCUGCAGUGCUUGUUAGCUAGCCGGGAGGGAUGGACGUUUUGGCCAGUGUUAAGCCAUGUCAUUCACCCUGACUUCCUAACCCUUCGAGGCCUGCCAAGUCUCUUCUGGCCAACACUGGCCAGAAACCCUUUUAUGCAGUGCCCAUGAGACAGCCACAUGGCUGUGUUUUGCUGUAAGUAACAAGAAUAGCAGGAGGAAAACACUCAACUUUUAAAUGAGGACCGACGCCCUGCUGCUGAAGCUGUCACUGGUCGUGGGCAGGGAGGUAUUCUACGCAGCCCUGUGGGGGAGCGUGCUGGCCAGCCCAGCUGUCCGCCUGCCCGCCUCGCUCUUCAUGGUGGGCCACAUCAGCAGGGACUUGCCCGGCAAGGAGCAGAAGUACAUGCUGGGCACGGACUUCCAUCUCACGGUGAAGUCUCUGUGUGCAUCGCUGCUGGACUCAAAUGUUCUCGUGCAGAGAAACAAUCUGGAGAUUGUCCUGUUUUUCUUCCCGUUCUAUACCUGUCUGGAUCCCAGCGAGAGCGCCAUCCCCCUGCCGCGGUCCGACGUGGUCCGCAUGCUCUCGGCCGCCACCCAGACCCUGCUGAGGAGGGACAUGUCUCUCAACAGGAGGCUCUACGCCUGGCUCCUCGGUUCAGACAUCAAAGGAAAAACCAUCGUGCCAGAAUCUGAAAUCUCGGACUCCUAUGAAGACCAGUCCUCUUAUUUUUUUGAAAAAUACUCCAAGGACCUGUUGGUCGAGAGUACUGAGCAGUUACACCAACCCAAAGGGUCACCCUGUGCUGCAUGCGACCUCCUGCUGUGUGGCUGUCUUUACAAACAGAGUCUGGCCGAGACGCUGCACCAGAAGCUGGUGGACGCCAACGUGGAGGAGCGCCACCACGCCUACCUGCAGCCCUUCCGCAUCCUCAUCAGCCUGCUGGACAAGCCAGAGAUAGGGCCUCAGGUGGUUGAGAGCUUGUUUCUCGAAGUCAUCAGGGCGUUUUACUCAUACUGCAGAGACGCCCUGGGCUCCGACCUCCAGCUCAGCUACACUCAGAGUGGAAAUUCACUGAUCAGCACAAUCAAGGAAAACAAAAGCGCGUCGGAGAUUGUGAAGACGGUGAAUUUGCUCAUCACCUCCCUAAGCACAGACUUUCUCUGGGAUUACCUGACCCGGCACUUCGAGGACUGCUUCAGGCCAGAGAAGCAGAGGGACCCUGCCUGGAGGAGCGCCGGCCCGCCCCCCACGGUCUCCGAGCUCUGCAGCCUCCUCGUGUUCCUGUUGGACGUGAUUCCCUUGGAACUUUACUCUGAGGUGCAAACCCAGUGCCUCCCGCAGGUGCUUGGCUGCCUGGUGCGGCCUCUCGCUGAGGAGAUGGGGGCCUUGAGCUUGCCGGAACUCACGCACGCCUUGAAGACGUGCUUCAAGGUGCUCAGCAAGGUGCAGAUGCCGCCCUCCUACCUGGACGCGGAGUUCACCAGCGGCAGCUCGAGUCCAGUAAAAGGCGAAAACGAAGUAAUUUUAGAAACAAAGGCAGUGAUUGCCAGGGACGAAGACGCGUCGUUCCCCCCGCUGAAAUCUGAGGACAGCGGGAUCGGGCUCAGCGCCUCGUCGCCGGAGCUGUCCGAGCACCUGAGGGUCCCUCAGGUGUCCCCCGACCGAGACGACGUCUGGAAGAAGGGCGGGAGCAUGCAGAAGACGUUUCUCUGCAUCCAGGAGCUGAUCGCCAACUUCGCCAGCAAGAACAUCUUUGGAGGGCAGCUGACGGCGUCCGGGGAGGAGAGCAGGCCCGAGGAGCCGGCGGGGAAGCAGGAGAAGGAUGGGACCCCGCGCCCGGCGGCCAGCAACCCCGGCAGGAAGAACUCCUGGGAGGCCAAGCCCAUCACCGUGCCCCAGUUCAAGCAGAUGCUCUCGGACCUGUUCACGGUGCGAGGGUCUCCGUUCAAGGCGAGGAGUUCCGAGUCGCCCCCGUCUCUGCCCAGCAGCCCGAGCAGGAAGAAGGAGGGAGACUGGGGCGUGGAGCAGGCCGUGAUCGAGCUGGGGGGCUCCAGGGAGGAGUGCAGGGAGGCCUUUGCGGCUGCCUGCCACCUGCUGCUCGACUGCGCCACCUUCCCCGUCUACCUGUCCCAGGAGGAGAUGGAGCAGCUCUGCGCGACGCUCUUCCAGCUCCCAGGAGCCGGCGACCCCAGUUUCCCAGCCUGGCUCAAGUCCCUCAUGACGAUUGCCUGCUGUGUGAACGACUGCUGCCUCCAGAACGUGGCCAUCUCCACGCUGCUGGAAGUGAUCAACCACUCGCAGUCCCUCGCGCUCGUCAUUGAAGACAAGAUGAAGCGCUCCCGGAGCUCCGGACACAACCCGUUUUUUGGCCAGCUGCAGAUGGUGACCGUGCCUCCCAUCGCACCGGGGAUACUGAAAGUUGUUGCAGAAAAAACGGACUUCUAUCAGAGGGUGGCUCGCGUGCUCUGGAAUCAGCUGAACAAGGAGACCCGGGAGCACCACAUCACCUGUGUGGAGCUGUUCUACCGGCUGCACUGCCUGGCCCCCACGGCCAACGUCUGCGAGGACAUCAUCUGCCACGCCCUCCUGGACCCCGACAAGGGGACGCGCCUGGAAGCCCUGUUUAGAUUUUCCGUCAUCUGGCACCUGACACGCGAGAUCCAGGGCAGCCGAGUGACGUCUCACAAUCGCUCCUUCGAUAGGUCCUUGUUCGUGGUGCUGGACAGCCUGGCCUGCACGGACGGUGCCAUCAGCGCGGCAGCCCAGGGCUGGCUGGUGCGCGCCCUCUCCCUCGGGGACGUGGCGCGCAUCCUCGAACCCGUGCUCCUGCUCCUGCUGCAGCCCAAAACCCAGCGAACGUCUAUCCAGUGCCUCAAGCAGGAGAACUCGGCUGAGGAUUUGCAUCGCUGGUUCAACAGGAAGAAAACCCCCUGCAAGCAGGCGUGCGGUGCGCCUGAGCUUCCGGAAGGCAGCUCGGAGGAACACCUGCCCCUGAGCCAGUUCACCACGGUCGACCGCGAGGCCAUCUGGGCCGAAGUGGAGAAGGAACCAGAGCAGGGCCUGCCGCGGAGCGAAGUGAGUGAGGAGGACCUGCCCUACUAUGUGGACCUCCCCGACGGGACGGCCCACGGUGCCGGGGACAGCAGCGAGCACACCGAGUCCGCGGACACCAGCUCCGGCCACACGGACAGCGAGAACACGUCCUCCUUCUCGUCCCCCUCCCACGAGCCACAGGAGCUGAGCCCGGACGAGAACUGCUGUGUGGCCCUCCCCAUGGCGGGCAGGGUGUACCCCAAGCGCCCGUCCUUGCUGGCGGCCUUCCACUCCGAAAGCUUCAAGGCCGGCGCCGGGCUGAGCCUGACCCGGGCGGACUCGGACAAGACCCAGGCUUCGGAGUCGCUGUCGAGCGACGAGGAGGCCGACGUGGAGCUGCAGGCCCUCACCACGUCCCGGCUGCUGAAGCAGCAGCGGGAGCGGCAGGAGCGGCUGGAGGCCUUGUUCAAGCACAUCCUGCUCUACCUGCAGCCCUACGACUCGCGCCGGGUGCUGUACGCCUUCUCCGUGCUGGAGGCCGUGCUCAAAGCCAACCCGAAGGAGUUCACCGAGGCCGUGUCCAGCACCAGCAUGGACACCAGCUCCACCGCGCACCUCAAUCUCAUCUCCAACCUCCUGGCUCGCCACCAGGAGGCCCUCAUCGGCCAGAGCUUCUAUGGAAAGCUCCAGAGCCAGCCCCCCAACGUGUGCCCCCACUCCCUGCUCAUCGAGCUCCUCACCUACCUCUGCCUGAGCUUCCUGCGCGCCUACUACCCGUGCUACUUGAAGGUCUCCCACCGGGACAUCCUGGGCAACCGGGACGUGCAGGUCAAGAGCGUGGAGGUGCUGAUCCGCAUCAUGACCCAGCUGGUCUCCGUGGCCAAGUCCGCGGAGGGGAAGAACGUGGAGUUCAUCCACAGCCUGCUGCAGAGGUGCAAGGUCCAGGAGUUUGUGCUGCUCUCGCUGUCGGCGUCCAUGUACACGAGCCAGAAGCGCUACGGCCUGGCCACCGCCGACCGGGGCGGGGCCCUGCUGGAGGACGGCGUCUUCGAGGAGAGCCUCAUCCACCUGGGUCAGGACCAGAUCUGGAGCGAGCACCCUCUGCAGAUCGAGCUGCUGAAGCUCCUGCAGGUGCUGAUCGUCUUGGAACACCACCUGGGGCAGGUGCAAGAGGAGGCCGGGAACCAGCCGGCGCUGGCGCGGGAGUGGCAGAAGACCCUCAACUUCCAGCAGGCCAUCAGCGCCGUGCAGUACGUGCAACCGCACCCCCUCACCUCGCAGGGCCUGCUGGUGUCGGCCGUGGUGAGGGGCCUGCAGCCCGCCUACGGCUACGGCAUGCACCCGGCCUGGGUGAGCUUGGUCACGCACUCCUUGCCGUACUUUGGAAAGUCCCUGGGCUGGACGGUGACUCCCUUUGUUGUCCAGAUUUGCAAAAACUUGGACGAGCUGGUCAAGCAGUACGAGAGCGAGUCUGUGAAGCUGUCUGUCAGCACAACCUCCAAGAGGGAGAACAUUUCUCCAGAUUAUCCACUCACACUUCUGGAAGGCCUGACAACCAUUAGCCACUUUUGUCUUCUGGAACAACCCAACCAAAACAAAAAGGCCAUGGCUAUCGGUGACCCCACCAACUUGAGAAAUGCCAGGAACGCCAUCCUGGAAGAGCUGCCCCGGGUGGUUAACACCAUGGCCCUGCUCUGGAACGUUCUCAGGAAAGAGGAGGCUCAGAAGAGACCUGUCGACAUCCUGGGGGGCGCGAAGGGCUCCUCCUCCGUCUACUUUAAAACCACCAAAACCAUAAGACAAAAAAUUCUAGACUUCUUAAACCCCCUGACGGCCCACCUUGGGGUCCAGCUGAUGGCUGCGGUUGCCACAGUGUGGAGCAGAAAGAAAGCCCAGCGACACAGUAAGAUCAUCCCGGUGGCCAGUGCCUCGCAGCUGACGCUCGUGGACCUGAUCCGCGCGCUCAGCACUCUGCAGACGGACACGCUGCUGCACCUGGUGAAGGAGGUGGUGAAGAGGCCGCCGCAGAGCAAAGGGGACGAGAAGUCACCGCUGGCGGACAUCGCCGUGUUGCAGUUCUGCUACGCUCUCAUCCAAAGGCUGCCCACACCAGCCCUGCAGGAGAGCUUCGGCUCGCUGCUGGCCGUGCUGAAGGAGUCGGUGCAGCUGAAUCUGGCGCCACCCGGCUGCUUUCUGCUCCUCAGCAUGCUGAACGACUUUGUCACCAGGACCCCCAACCUGGACAGCAAGAAGGACCAAAAGGACCUGCAGGAGAUCACCCAGAAAGUCCUAGAGGCCGUGGGGACCAUCGCGGGCUCUUCCUUGGAACAAACCAGCUGGCUGAGCAGGAGCCUGGAGGUGAAGGCCCAGCCUCAGGUGGCGCUGGAGGAAUCCGACGUGGAGGAAGAUCUGUAUGCAGGUGCCGCUGCAGCCUCCACCAUGGUGUCUGCAUCCGCCCCUUCGGUGUACAGCGUGCAGGCCCUGUCUCUCCUGGCAGAGGUUCUGGCCCCUCUCCUGGACAUGGUCUACAGGAGUGACGAGAAGGAGAAGGCCGUGCCUCUCAUCUCCCGCCUGCUGUACUACGUGUUCCCUUACCUGCGCAACCACAGCACCUACAACGCCCCCAGCUUCCGGGCCAGCGCGCAGCUGCUGAGCGCCCUGAGCGGCUACGCCUACACGAAGCGAGCGUGGAAGAAGGAGGUCCUGGACCUGUUCUUGGACCCUGCUUUCUUUCAGAUGGACACGGCUUGCAUCCAUUGGAAGUCCAUUAUUGACCACCUUCUGACUCAUGAGAAAACAGUGUUUAAGGAUUUAAUGAACAUGCAGAGCAGUUCUCUGAAACUCUUCUCGAGUUUUGAGCAGAAAGCCAUGCUGCUCAAGCGCCAGGCGUUUGCUGUCUUCAGUGGAGAACUGGACCAGUACCACCUUUACCUGCCCCUGAUCCAAGAACGCCUGACAGACAAUCUCAGAGUGGGACAGACAUCCACAGCUGCUGCUCAGAUGUUUCUUUUUUUCAGAGUCUUGCUGCUAAGAAUAUCUCCUCAGCAUUUGACUUCACUGUGGCCAAUCAUGGUCUCUGAGCUGAUUCAGACAUUCAUACAGCUCGAAGACGACCUGAAGGAAGACGAGUCCGCACGAAACAGCAACAAAGUAAACAGAGUGAAAGCCUCAGCCACCGAUGGCAGCGGGCCGGCCGCGGGGGAGAUGCCCCCGAGUGAGCUGCUCUUGUAUUUGUCGGCUUGCAAGUUCCUGGACACCGCACUUUGCUUCCCGCCCGACAAGAUGCCGCUAUUUCAGAUUUACAGGUGGGCAUUUGUCCCAGAAGUGGACACAGAGAGCUCAGCCUUCCCAUCAGAACUGGAAGAGGGUCACCAGGAGUGCAGACCCCACACUGUCAGGAUUCUAGAACUUCUCAGAUUAAAAUACGGGGAAACGGGCGGUGCCGAGGCCAUGGCCAAGGGCGAGCUCCCCCUGCUGCGCCAGCACUCGGUCUCCAGCAUCAGGGAGCUGACGCCCUUCUUCACCACGCUCAGCUCGGCCUUUAAGACCCAAAGUCAGCUGCCUGCCGACGCCCCGGGGGCCCCGACCUUGGAGUUCCCCGUCACGGACAGCCCAAGGCUCCUACAGCAGCUGGAAGAAUGUGUGGAGUGCGAUUUCUUGGAAUAUCCGGAAUGUUGACGUUAGAAGGGCGCGUCUGUGGGUACUUCGCUGCAAACCAGGACACGUCCUAAAGGAGCAAAGACUUUCAAUCAAGUCCAGUCUGCUGCUGCAAGUUCAUUCCAAUCCCUUUCUGUUCAGCCACAAAACACGCACACCCCGGAAUGCCUUGUAAGAUAUUUGGGUCUGAUUCUGUGUUUCCUCCUCAAUGUAUGUAAUGGAAAUAAAAUUAAUAUGUCACCCAGCAGUGGCACAAAAGCUGUGACGUGAGCAGAGCACGGGACGAAGGAGCCGCUCCCUUUGCUGAAGCAGAGAUGUGACCUUCCUCAGGAGAUUUCUCGCACAGUGUAAGCUUAUUAAAGAUAAUUAUUUUUCACCUUUCGCACAAA